GACUGAAGGCGCUCCUUAUAAAUAGUGCGCAACGUACAGGAUGGACGUCUCUGAAAUUAGUCAGCUAUUUCAUCCGUCAUCUUAGCCAAAGCACUUCCAACUACUGGCUGAUUAUCUCCGUUGUUGUCUACAUUUGUGUGCCCGUAUAUACAAUGGAUGAAGAUAUAUGCUCCAGUAAAAGCGAAGCAGAUAUGACGUGUAGUGCAGAAUCUGAUGUGGAACCGUUUGUUGAUAAUGAUGCACUUAUGACCACCGGAGCAGUCGCUCGUAUACUGAAAGAAUCCGAACCACUGGAUUUAACUCAACUUAAAGUAGUUAGUUAUGUUGAAAAUGUUGCGCAAUCAUCAGAAAGUCUACUUAAUGAGGACAGCAGCAGUACAAAAUCUUCAACUAAGGCGGCUAAUUGUUCAACUUCGGAAGAUCGUUACUGGACAAAUGACUUGUUGCACGUUUUUGUUCUUAGCGAGGCUGGAAAACCCAUAUAUUCACGGUAUGGAAAUGAAAGUGAUCUAUCCUCCGUAAUGAGUGUCAUGCAAGCUCUUGUUUCCUUCGUUGCGAAUUCUGGAGAUGAGCUUCAGUUAAUCAAUACAACUGACAAAAAGUUCUUAUUCGUUUCUCGGUCGCAUCUUAUAUUAGUGGCAUUUAGUCCGAUUUCUGAACCCAAUUCACAUUUGUUCACCUGCCUCGAAUAUGUAUAUAACCAGAUAAUAAGCUCAUUAACUUUGCAAAGAGUGGAGAAACAAUUCACAAGGCAUGCUAAUUUGGAUUUACGCAAACUCCUUGUUGGAGAUAAUCGACUUUUAUCCUCUAUCAUAAAUCGCGUAGAAGAGACUUUUGGGGUAUUUUUGAAUGCAAUCAGCUGUACACCACUUCCGGAAAAUAACAGAGCUGCAAUAUCACAGAUUAUUUGUCAAAAUGCCAAAUUAUGUGGUUUGGUGUUCGGUAUAUUAUUUCACAAAGACGAUAUUGUUAGCAUUGUACGCAUGAAGAAUCAACAUCUUUCCUCAUCAGAUAUUCAUUUGCUUCUAAAUCUAAUUGGAAGUUCACAGUCUUUCAAAUCGGCACAAUCUCACUGGUUACCGAUCUGUCUGCCUAAAUUCGAUGCCAACGGGUUUCUAUAUGCCAGUGUUACCUAUCUUAAUGAUGCAACAUGCAUGGUCUUGCUUACUGUUGAUAGUGACAAAUUUUAUACACUCAAGUCAACUACCGAAAAAGUAUUCACACUAUUAAAUACUACAAAUAAUGGUGAUCACUUAUCUGCGAUAAUGUCUUCAAAGUUUCCACAAAUUUCUGAUAUUGGCAUUAAGAAUUUACGGCAUUUUGUAUAUAAAUCUAUUGCAAUCGGCCAAUAUGUUGCCAGUGAAUGGGCUGUGCCAUAUGCUAUCGCUUAUGAAUUAUCCACAGAAUCUCCAGUUGGAAUGGAUCCCGAGAGAAAAACUAAACUUCUUAAUGAUAAUAUUGUAAAUAAAUUACGUCAUAAUGUUUUGUUAUCGUAUAAACGACUUCAUAUGAGACUACAUUCCUCUGCAAUACCAACAAGAUUCAUUUACAAAGUGACAAGUACCGAAUUAUUUUUUGGCUGGAAAACGGAUAAUUUCGAAUUAUAUGCCACAUUAGAACCAAUGAUUACAAUAACAGAAUUAGGUGAAAUUCGUAAACAAUUAUUAAAAUGGAUCGAAUCAAAGAAAACACAAUUUUUUAUUUUAUCAUCUCCAACAUUUUAAUAAUUUUUUAAUUAUUCUACCAAUACUACUUAUUCAUUCUUUACAUUCAAAAACGUAUCAUGAUCUAUUUCAUUUAAUUAUAAUAAUGUUGUAUAUUGAAUAUUUAUUUUGAACUAAUUUGAAAAGAUUAAACCAUCUGAAAGCACUUAGAAACUGUACAACAUUAGUUCUAAGUUGGUAGGUCAUUUUCAAAUAUUACAUUGAGUAAUUAGAUUGCUAAGCUUAAUAUCGAUUGACAAACUGUUAAGUUUAUAUAAUGACUUAUCAGUGAACUUUAUACUGAUCUUAGGAUUACAAGUUAAUUUUUUUGUUUUCCACAAUCUCUUUAAUGAAACUUGUAAUAAUAUAUUUAGAUUUUAUUCAAUUUCAAAUACCACAAUUCAGCUCUAAAAAGCUAGAAGCAUUAAUUCAUAAUACAUUAGCUUACUGAUGAAUAAAAAUCUAAGUUUUAUCUUUGAUUUAUUCUAUUUAAACACUAAUUUUGUAAUUUCAAUGGUUGAGAUCAUGAGUUAGUUGAAGCUAGAAAACCUGGAAAACCCCUUCUGAUACUAAUUUAAUAGAUGAAUGUAUUCUGAAGAUUAAUGGUGUCGUUGAAACUUCCUAAUAAUACUUAACAAUUAAUCUUUUCUGAUCUAAAGUAGAGAUUAAUAUCUAUUGUUAUAUGCUUCAUAUUAUCAUAGCAACGACAGCUCAUUCACUUAGUAAACAUUUUUGUAAUUCAAUAAAGAUGGUAUUGAAUUGA